CUGUCUAAAUCGGAUUUGUAUUAAGGUGCAAAUAUUAUGUCCUAUUCCAACAACAGGUGUGAUGGUCACCGUAGCGGAAAUAGUAGAAGGCGAUCAAUUCUCUAUCGUUGAUGUCGAACGGUUCAUUCAUAGUUUCGCGUAGAUUCAGGUUGGAUGUGCUUAUGAAUUUGUUCUCAAAACUUUCACCGAAGAUUUGGAUGAGCUGAGUUUUUUCCACGUUUCAAAGUGAGAUACGAAAGCCUGCUGUGCUUCGAUAAAGUCGAACUCUUAUCUCUCUCACCUAGCAAUCCAGUUGCAUUCGAAGCCGGAGAGAGCGACUUGUUUGGUUGAAUUUUGUUUUCAUUUGCGUAGUCUGUGAACGUGAACACUGGAAAUCAGGAAAUAUAGUUUCGGAAAUUGUCUGUGCAAGCUGAAUUGAUAUUGUUGGAAUUUUUGAAGGCUGAUCCGGAUCACAGGGUCUCUACACACUAAAGUGCGUGAGUGCCGUUGAAAAAUUAAGGGACAAUGAAAACCCUAUCCGGUGCAAGUGACACCGAGAGAAGUGGAAAAAAUGAUGAAGGUCACGGUUCGGAACCGGCUGAAGUGCAGUAUCCUCCGCUGGUGAGGAAUCUGAUACUGCGGGCAAUGUGCGGUGUCUAUCUGGUGGCAUUCUUGAGUUUCUACGCUCAAGCAGAAGGUCUCUACAGCAAUUUUGGCGUUUUACCGGCAAACCGUGUUCUCGCCAAUGGUACUCUUCAGGAACGAUUCAACCUUCUUCGUCUCGCGCCACUUUUGGGACUGGACUCCCAAUCCGCGAUUGAUCUCUUCUGCUUGGCCGGAUGCGUGAUCGCUUUUCUUGGGCUGGUGUUCAGCGAUCUCUGCCGAUUACAGAGCUUCAUCGCCAUGUGGACGCUUUACUUCUCUCUCAUCCAGAUCUCACAGUCCUUCAGACAACAAUCGGACGAACUGUUGCUGGAAGCUGGAUUCCUAUGUAUUCUCCUAGCGCCAUCAAAAAUGAGCGAUCCACGUAGUCCGAUUGAAGAUCUAGCCUUGCUGUUGAUGAAGUGGCUUCUGUUCAGAUUCGUGUUCGCUUCCGGAUCGGUAAAGCUGGCAAGUGGAUGUCCGCUUUGGUGGGAUUUGACUGCCCUGAAGCGUCAUUUUGAAACAAUGCCACUGCCGACUUCGUAUAGCUGGUAUACGUAUCAGCAACCGGAUGGACUGCAUAGAUUGAGUACGAUCUGGGUCUAUUUGAGUGAGCUGGUGUGCUCGUGGCUGUUUUUCGCUCCAAAUCAGAAGGUUCGAAUGUUUGCCCUCUGGUGGCAAGUAUUCUUACAUUUGAAUAUUAUUGGAAGUGGGAAUUAUGGGUUUUUAAGUUUGAUCUUACUGACACUGUUACUGACCCUAGUGGAUGAUCGAGAGCUUGCUAGAAGUCCUGUUAAGAAAGCUCCCCGAAAAGAGGAUAAAACUGGAGCUUUAACCGUAAAAGUGAUCUCUAUUCUGAUGGUCCUGGGAACUUGGUUGACGUUUGGAGUUGGAUACAAAAAUGGAGAACUUGCAUUUAAGUUGCUGUUCAACCGAUCGCAAUAUUUGAACAUGAUGCAGAUAAUGUUACGGGCUGCGCCGCUGUUAGUCUUGAGUCUCAUGGUGCAGAAGUUUUUGAAGAUCGUUAACAAACAAGCGGGUGUUACUACAGUGGCCGACGGUAUCCGCAAACUGAGCGAGAACUGGCAGCUCUUUCUUCCAAUGCUGGCUGCCUUCGCAGUUCUCUUCACUUCGAUCGUUCCGCACUUCCAGCUGACAGAAUCAACUGCGAUCAGUACGUCGAUCCUCACGAAGCCUUACCAGGGUCUUCACAACCUCUUCGUUGUCAACCAAUAUGGCCAACACCUGAACAAAAUGCGACCGAGGCGGCUGGAGAUCAUCCUAGAGUAUGCCGACGACCUCACCGGGCCUUGGCACGAAUACGGUUUCCAGUACAAACCAUGGAAUCAAGAAGGUUCCAUGCCAUAUGCCUGGGUCUACUUCCCACGGUUCGAUUUUAAAUUCUACGACGCCUCCAACUCCAAGCCUUACAAUCAAAAGUGGCUUUACCCGUUGGUCCAACGACUUUUACAAAACGAACCAGCAGUGGUCAAACUCCUCGAUGAAGAUCACGUUCCUUCGAAACCACCCAAGUAUAUUCGUGCUUCAUUGUACCACUUCAGCUAUACGUCCUGGUUCGAAGGAAAUAGCACCACCUUUUGGACUCGGGAACGAGUCAACGAUUACUUCCCAGCGUACGCCCUUGAUGAUGGAUUCCUUGAAACGAAACUCAAAGAUAUCGACAUACCUCCAACGGCCACUUCGUCAGAAGCCAUCAAUCUUCCCCUGAAAUGGCUCGUGGAUGCCAUCAGAAACUUCCUCGGUAUCUUUGAGGGUUCGUUGUUGGUUUUGGGUGUACUGACAGCUGCCGCCGUAAUGAUUAUCACACAAAAGCAAAGUUAAAUGAAGGCAGAAUAGUAUAGGAACCUUGUGGUCAAUUUGGCGGUUUCGCUUCAUCCUGUCUCACCCGCUCUCAUGUUUGCACAAAAAGCAAAGCGCACCCGUAUCCCGACUGCUCGGUAAUUCUGGGACACUCGAAGCUGAAACUGACUGCAACCUACACACUCUCGUUAGCAAUAUUGUACUUGGUAGUCUGUAAGCUCCCCCCGUUUAUCGGAUGCUGUGUAUCUAUAUUCCAUACAAGACAGAUAUUUUGAUGAAUAAAAAGUCAAUUAGAGCGAGUGAAAAAAGAACCCCUGCAUGGAAGAGAAA